AUGACUCAGAUUAAGUGUGGUAUCCAGAAACCGAAAGCUUAUGUUUCUCAUCCAACAAAUGAUCUUGAUUUUCCUCCUAAAUCUUAUGAACAUGCACUUGGUAUCCCUCAUUGGAAGAAAUCUAUGGAAUAUGAACUUAAUGCACUUCGUCUUAAUUCCACUUGGGUUCUCGUCCCACCUCCAACUCAGGCAAACAUAAUUGACAACAAAUGUCUCUUUAAAGUGAAGUACAAACUAGAUGGCACCAUUGAUAGACACAAAGCCAGACUUAUUACCCGUGGCUUCACACAAACUCUAGGUGUUGAUUAUUUCGGCACAUUCUCACUGGUUAUGAAACCAGGAACUAUCCGAGUUAUACUCACCUUGGCAUUAUCAAAAGGGUGGCCACUUUGA